AUGGCAAAAGUGAUUAGAAGUAUGUUUUAUAUCACAAAGUUCUAUACAAUGUCGUUGAAGAUGGCGUUCUAGUUGAGCACGGAGCGGCUCCUCCUUUUGACGCCUUCUUCUUCUCUUCACGUCAGAUAAUAGGGUCUAAAGUUGUUUUUUGAGAAGAUUCUGAAAAGAAAAACGUACUUUUUGAAAUUAACGAUCUUUUGCGAAGCAUCGGAUUCUGUCGCGUCGGAAGAGAAGACGAUGAGACAAGACUAGCAAUAACUGUUCUUAUCGAAAACAACCAAUUGUCCCUGAACUUUGAACUUCCACGUGGAAAGGUCACAUUCUUAUCACAAUUCCACGUAAACAAAACGUGGCUAUUUUUGAGCGGUAGAGCGUGGUUUCCAACCCGUUCUAGCAAUAAUAGUUCAAACUUUCACUUUGAGCCCCUUCCAGACCGCUGGGUGUACCGUCCGGACAACAAAUGGACGCGUUAUCUGCCGCGCCGUAACGACGCCGUCAAAGAGUUCGAUUACGAGAAGAACGGCGCCUCGCUGAAGCAUUACAUCGAGGAGAUUCCGGAGGAGCAGAAGCCGAAGACCGCCUCCAAACUGUGGAUGGCCUGGCUUUACAGGGAUCUGGCCGGCGAGCCGACGUGGACGAAAAAACACGUGGAGAGCCUGUUUGGCGCGAAUUUUAAGGUAAGACAUGAGUUUUGGCUAUAAUCUUUCUGAAAUUCAACCAGCUCAUUUCUAAACAGAUUUCCUCGUUAUUGAGUCAACAUUUUGACAAUUUCCCGCAAAAACUGAAAGCCACUCCGAUUUCUACAGGUCGGCCGAAUGGAAUUGUUCCGAAACAGUGCGCUCGUCAACGAAGAACUCUGGAAAGUGAAGCAUCUGAUUGAGCUGCGACCGGUGACGUUCAAAAACGGCGUGGAGCCGACAGAAGAGGACGUCUUCUCGACGAAACUGGCGCCGAACGGAGAGUGUGAAGUGCUGCAGGGCGGCCACGUGGCAAACGAGACGGAGCUGCGAUUGGCGGACGGAAAGCAGUGGAGCCGGAAGGAACUGGCGCGCGACCUCAGCAAAAAGUACCAUCGCUACCAGAGUGUCUUCGAGCAGAACGUCUACACGCCCUCCAAUAUCACCGUUCUCAAGUAG